AUGACGUCUCAACAUCCUGACUUCGACGCCUUCUACGACGACCAGGUAGCUGCGCAUCGACAGCUCUUUCCGCGACAACCUCUCUGGGAUCGCAUCGCCCAACCGAGUGUUCUUAUCUCUUGCCUCAUCGUCGUCCUCACCCUUGCAUACAACUUAUAUGCUUCUACCACCACUGUCCGAGAAUCGAUACAUUUGCUAGGAACAAGUCUCUGGGACGGCUUUGUAUUCAUUGUCCCGGAGAGUCUCCUGGAUGCAUUAGAUACCCCCGAUAACUCGACGACAACCGGAACCUCCGCCUCGAUGUUGUGUGCCGAACGAACUAGAUAUGCCGUUAAGAACGAGAAAAUACGGCGGGUCCUUGGGCUCGACCGCUCUGGCGGCGUCAUGUCCUCGGUGUUCCAGGUCAGGAACCGCGCCCUCUCGAUGACCGGUAGCGUUUUGGGGUUGAAGAACGAGGCCGACCGCCCGCCAGGCCUUGGUAACAUGGACAACUCAUGCUACCAGAACAGCAUCCUCCAGGGGCUCUCAUCCCUCAAGCCUCUUCCCGAGUAUCUCUCCACCUACCUCGAAACAUCAAAGAACAGUGGUGGUGAUGAUGUCGCACAAACAUUACGAACCCUAAUUACCGACCUAAACGACGUAUCAAAUUAUGGAAGAACGCUGUGGACUCCAGGUCUGCUCAAGUCAAUGAGUACCUGGACACAGCAGGACGCCCAGGAAUACUACUCUAAAAUACUAGACGAUAUUGAUAAAAGUGUCGCCAAGGCCAUCAAGAACGCCCAGCCCCAACAUCCUGGCCUGGCAGCCAAGUUGGAUAAGGACGACAUGGCCGCAAGCCAGCACAGUGAUGACAGUGGUUAUCAGAGCAUAGCGAGUUCCUACGAGACCAAACUGCCUCGCAACCCAUUAGAAGGCCAUCUUGCACAAAGGGUAGCAUGCGUGCAAUGUGGACAUUCCGAUGGUCUAUCCAUGAUACCUUUCACAUGCUUGACGCUAAGUCUUGGGUUGAAUAAGCACCAGCACGACCUGUACGAGCGUCUGGAUGCCUAUACCAAGGUUGAAGCAAUUGAGAACGUCGAGUGCUCUAAAUGUACAUUGAUGAAGCACGAGACACUUUUGUCUAGCAUAGUGAACAAGAUGCGAAACGACAGUUCAUCUGAAGAGCAACUUGAAACAUGUCUCCGUCGACUCGAGACAGUCAAGUUGGCCUUGGAAGAAGACAAUUUCGAGGAAAAGACUUUGACAGAAAAGUGCAAAAUAUCUAAGAAAGUCAGCACAACCAAGACCAAGCAGAUUGUCGUUUCUCGAGCGCCACAAAGCCUGGCAAUUCAUAUGCAACGGUCUGUUUUCGAUCCGUCUACCUUCAAUAUGAUGAAGAACUCAGCUCCGGUGGAGUUCCCUAUGACGUUGGAUCUUGGGCCUUGGUGCUUGGGUAGUGCGGGAUCCAAUCCCUCACCCGAAGAACCGAUUGUUAAAGAAGAAUGGCAAACCGACCCUCGACAGUCAAUGGUGGCUGGUGAUCAAGGCUCAGCCAGGUUCACGGGACCUAUCUAUGAACUUCGAGCAGUGGUAACGCACUACGGUCGACACGAAAACGGGCACUACAUCUGCUAUCGCAAAUAUCCACGACACAGUCCUCCUAACAAGGUGGUCGAGGACGAUGAGCCCGAUAGCAAGACGGACGACCAGCCAGACCCGAAAGGCCCGAGCAACAAAGAAUCGGACGAAAACGAGAUGGAUUGGUGGAGGCUAAGCGACCACAAUGUUUCCAAGGUCAGCGAGGAUGUGGUACUGAGUCUUUCUCCCGGGGUGUUCAUGCUCUUUUACGACUGUGUGGACCCUGUCAUGGUUCCAAACGACGAGGACAUCAACAUGCAGGAUGCGGACGAAGUUGCAAACCUAACCCCGGAUGAUGCAGACGGACUGGAUAGUGCAACGGGAAACACAACUCAGAUCUUUCAGGGGCACGAAAGCCAAAAGUUUAACGACAAACCGGAAGAAGCACAUGGUUGGACAGAAGGCGCCACGUCAUUGUGCCUUAAUGAUGAGGAUGAAACGAUAACGCGCGGCUCGAAUUUGAUUGCCAAUACAGCUUCACUGGUUCAAGCUGAGCCAUGA